GCGACUGCGCAAUGUGAGCUUGUUGAAGUCGCCAUCUGAUGACGACACGUAGAGAGGAGGUGCAGUUUUGCCACGUCGGUCUCUGUGUAACGCAUUUACACUGUUGCUCCUGGAACCCUGGAGUAACUUUUAGAUCCGUUUUAUGUUUUCGGUCAGGAAGAAAGGGACCCCCCAGUGUCACCGGUGCCGUUGUAGCUCAUCACCAGUGUUAUAUUUUGAAGCUAGAUGUCGGAGAAAUGCUUGGUGGUGUCCGGACUCUGCACACAACUGACUGAUGCAUCCUCGUUUAGUUCAACCCCCCGCAUGUUGUCGAUGUUGUUGGCCUGGCAUUACAUGGUGGCUGUCUGAGAAGAAAGGUAACUGGCGACCAUGCCAGGAGGCCGCAGGGGUCCCAGCAGACAGCAGAUAAGUCGCUCCGCUCUGCCGUCCCUGCAGACUCUAGUUGGAGGCAGCGUCAGCAAUGGCACAGGCCUCAGAAGCAGGAACAGUAACUCUGUGGGUCUGUCAGCCCCUCCUCUUUCUGCCCUCAUCACUCCGGAACCGGUCCGUCACUCGAGGAUUCCCGAGCUGCCGUUGGACAGCGGCCUGCUGUUCGAGUUCCUGCUCUUUCUUUACUUGCUGGUUGCCUUGUUUGUCCAGUAUAUCAACAUCUACAGGACAGUGUGGUGGUACCCAUACAGUCACCCUGCUGCCUCUACCUCGCUUAACUUUCAUCUAAUGGACUAUCACCUGGCUAUCUUCAUCACUGUCAUGUUGGCCAGGAGGCUUGUUUGGACCAUUGUUUCGGAGGUGUCUCAAAGCAGCGGAGGAUCACUACUUCGCUAUGUGGCACUGAUUGCAGCUCGACUCAGCUUGCUGACGUUGUGUGGCUGGGUGCUCUGCUGGACGCUGGUCAACCUUUGCAAGAACUACUCUGUGCUCAACCUCCUCUUCCUCGGAUACCCAUUUGGUGUGUACGUCCCGCUCUGCUGUUUCCAUCAGGAGGGAGGGAAAAGCCAAACAGCAACAGCUGACUGCGAUUACCCAACUGACCACCAGCAAGCCGACAUGGCUGAGUCGCCAUUCUUUCGGCCACGAGACUUCCUCCUCUUGUUGCGAGAGAAUCUAAGAGAGCAGUUUUCCAGCCCCCCACACAUGCCCACUCACACCUGCCCACCACACACACACUCAGACACGCCAGAGCUGAUUCGAGCAGAAGUGGAGGAGCUGAAGAGCGACUUCAACCGACGAAUCAAGGAAGUGCUGUUCAACUCUCUGUUCAGUGCUUACUAUGUAGCCUUCCUGCCACUCUGCUUUGUUAAGAGUACCCAGUACUAUGACAUGCGCUGGUCAUGUGAACAUCUGAUUAUGGUGUGGAUCAAUGCAUUUGUAAUGUUAAUGAGCCAACUGCUGCCUCCCAGCUACUGCGACCUGCUUCAUCGCUCAGCGGCCCACCUGGGCCGCUGGCAGAAACUAGAGCACGGAUCAUACAGUAACACACCUCAGCAUGUGUGGUCAGACAGCACCAUUUGGCCACAGGGGGUGUUGGUACGACACAGUCGGAGUCUGUAUAAGGCAGUCGGACCCUAUAAUGUUGCUCUGCCCUCUGAUGUUUCUCAUGCAAGGUUUUAUUUCCUGUUCCACAAGCCAUUGCGGAUCCUGAACCUGCUGAUAUGGAUCGAAUCCAGUGUGGUUUUAUAUCAGUUAUACUCUCUGUUGCGCUCUGAGCGUUGGAACCACACUUUGUCUCUGGGCCUUAUUCUCUUCUGCAACUACUACGUGCUUUUUAAACUGCUCCGAGACCGCAUUGUGCUGGGCAAAGCGUAUUCCUUCCCUCUGUCCUCCAACAGUUUGGAGCUCAAGUCGCAGUAAAAAAAGGAUCUGCACAGCAAGACCUCACCUUACAAACUCUGGAUGUGGAGCGGAGAUGGUCAGGUGUCAAGGGACAGUCUGUGAACUCAUAAUUGUGUUUUGAUACGGUUCUAUUUUUAAUGCAAUGUUUAUAUACACCUAUUUAAAAGAAUAUUUUUAUUUUGUAUACUAUUUUGUGUUACACCGGGCAUUACCACACUGACUACGUUAGCAUCUUGUGUUAUGUUGUUGCUAAAUGACAGGGAAGUCAGGGAAUGCCUGGGGGUGACUUUCACCAAAGAUAUUUUAAGUGCACAUGGCUAGUCACAGAGCAGACUUGGCCUCGGAUUGUCAGUAAAACCCGAUGAGCAACUUGGACGAGAAGAUGGAGCGUUGCCUGAGAUACCUGGUUGCAGGAGGAUUUGAUGAUUCCAACAUGGUGCAGCUGUUUAUGCCAACCCUGUCUCACUGUUCUUACAAAUGGUUUCAUUUGGAAAGAAUGCUCUGGGGAUUUUUUGUUAUUUUUUCCCCAUAUGUAGUGAAAUGAGAAUAUCGAUAUCACUCGCAUCUUGAGAGCAGCAUAAUUACUGGAUAUAACGGAAAUGGUUAAUCUUGCAAAAUUCACCUUCCAUAAUCUCUCAAGCAUAUAAGCAUUUUUUCCUCUUACUACUACAGUAUCCACAAAAACCAAAAUGCAAAGUGAAUUAUUCAAGUAAAAACUGACAAACAGGCCAUUUGACUUUGUGUACAAAACUAAAAGUAACAGAAUCAACUUAUUUUGGUUGAUUUAUGCAGGUUGGCUUGAACCACAUGUUUCCUCUCUGAGUUGAGUAACUUAAACAUCUGGUUAAAAUCUCACGUUUAACAUAGUACCAACAGAGUGCUCUUAACAUCCAUAUUGACUUGAAACUAACACGAUGAUGAGGAAGUCCCCAAAGUCUUGAACUAUUUCUUAAUGCAGUCUCUGAAUUUUUUUCCCCAUUACCAAGACCAGCAAAAACCUUCACACAAAUUGACCAGAGAUGAGUCCGUAGGGAAAGCGCUCCUAUUCACUGCUUCUGCAGAGAAUAUUGUAUACAUGUCUUUCACCAUAUUACAGUUUUCUCUUUAAGUAUCUGUUUUCAUAUCUUUGAGGCACAGUAACAGUAUCAGUCUUUAAAAAUGUGAAUGUGUUAUUCAUCUGUUGAGAUUCAAGAGAUUAUUGGCUUCCCUAAACUCAAAGUAUAUGAAAGAAGAAUAAAAGUAAAACGUGCCUGUGAUGGUUGGUGGUUUCUGAAAAAGAACUAUUUGAACAGCUGCUACAGAAAGUAGAUGAUGAUGUUUAAGACUGAUGGAUGUCUGGCCACAUUUUGACAUGCAGAAAGUAACGCAAGUGAAUUACUUUUAACUGCUCCUUCAGUUCAUCCUGCACGUUUAAACACAUUGGCAUUUAAAAAAUUGAGACCUCUUGGAUGGGAUGCAGGUAACAAAAUUAAUAUGGCUAAUAAAGGUUUUCUGCUGCUCUAAGCCUUCUCCCACUGUAAACAUGUUUACCUUUCACAAGUGAUGGGGCAGCAAGCAACCAUUGGCUCAAAAAACUGUCACAUUUACCAGUUUAUGUAUUCUCGGGUACCAAAAUUGUAUUUUAAACAAGUUGCCUUUUUGUUUACUCACAAUUUAUAAACAUCCGCUAACCGUUUAGUGCUUUUCUCUGUGUGAGCUUCAUCUUAUCGCCUGUUUUAAUUGCAUACAGAGCACAAACUUUAGACUAUGUUGAGGAUUAGCAUCAGGGUCUGACAGAAAGCAAUGCAACAUGAACAGAAAAUUGCCUGCAAAAUCUUAAUAUUUCCAUCUUCUGUCCAGAUUCCCACAUUGACUGCCUUAAAGUGUCAGUUGGAGUAUUAGCAGCGUUCAUGUGGAGCAUUGUGCCGGUUUGUCUGUAAACUUGCUUUUUAAGUCAGCUCUUCGGUGCUUCUGUUUGCCUUUCUCACACGAAUGUAGCAAACCUUUACAGCUAAAAGGUGCUCUUCAGUGGAUUGGCAUGUUUGUCACCUGAACACAGUGAAAUAAUCAGUUUUGAAUGGUUUUCAGUAUUUCUCCUCGGUCAAUGUGAUCCUAUUGAAAUUACACAUUUUCAGAUCUGUUUUUCAAUCUGGCUCUACAGCAAGUUAUUGACUGCUGGCUUUUUUUAGAGACUAUGAAAGGCUGAAAAAGAGAGAUGAGAAAUAAGGUCAGGAAAAUUUUAAAAUCCAUGCAUGUUGGUGUUUCUAUGUUUUUUUCUUUAUGUGCCAUAUCCCAGGAAUCCAGAUCCAGAUUUGUGGUUAUUCGGUGUGCAAGUCCCAGAGAUCUUAGAGGACUUGUUCCUCAUAUCUCUGAUUGUGACAGUGUUUAGCUUCUCAACACCAUUUCUGAAUUUUCUGACAACUGAAAUAAAAAAAGGUGUUUGAAUUAACAUUGUGUUCAUUUUUCUGAAUAGCAUAGGUUAUGCUUGUAAUUAGAAGAAAAAAAAUGUGACACAGUUGCAUAUUACAUAGCAUAUGUAUUUUGUCUGAUCAUCCAAAAAUCUUCAAUUAAAAAAAAAAAAAAAAAAAUCACACACAAGAGAAAAAAGUGCAUAAAAGCCAAGGCUAAACUGGUAUAAUGCAUGUUGUGGAAACCUGCAUUGCUUUAUGUGGCCACCAGAUGGCACUAAGCAACAAAGAACCAACAUUUGACAUUUUUUUCCUCACAGAAAAAUCAUUCAACACACUUGGGAGGAGACAUUUGCUGUUAAAAUCAUCCCGUAAAACAUCCUACAUUUCCUAAACAAAAGGAGACAAACUUUGUGAAUUGAGUACAGUGUAUUUGGAAAUGUCCACUAAGAAGAUACAAGGUAGGUUGGAAAGAAUGAAUUGGUUACUUUGGUAGCUGACUUGUACA